AUGCCCGCUAUGUCCCCGACAAUGACCGAAGGCAACAUCUCGAGUUGGAAAGUCAAAGAGGGCGACUCCUUCGCCGCAGGGGAUAUCCUCCUGGAAAUCGAGACCGACAAGGCUUCGAUGGAUGUGGAAGCCCAGGACGACGGCGUCAUGGCCAAGAUCCUGCAAGGUGACGGCUCCAAAGCAGUCAAAGUCGGCACGAGGAUAGCUGUCCUUGGUGAUCCGGGGGACGACGUCUCCAGCCUCGAAAUCCCCCCGGACGACUCGAAGCCGGUGCAGUCGGAAGCAGAUAAUGUGAAGGGCGGGGCCGAUUCGAAGUACGAGACCUCCGGAGCUGAAAAGGAGACACCGGGCACACCGCAAAACCAGAGACCGGCGAAGGACAAGCCGAAAACAAGUCCAACGGGGCCGGGCCAGAAUCCCAAAUAUCCGCUCUAUCCUUCGGUGAUAGCUCUCAUCCACGAGAACCACAUCUCCGACGACGAUGUCGCCAAAAUCCCCGCUACUGGGCCGAAUGGAAGACUGCUGAAAGGGGACGUCCUCGCAUAUUUGGGAACCAUUGAUUCAGAUUACUCCGCCAAACAAUCCAAGCGCAUCGAGCAUAUGGCGCAUCUCGACCUGAGCAACAUCAAGCUCCUACCUACCACCCCCAAGACCGCCGUGAAACCUACCGGAGCUGCCGCCGCAGUACCUGAAGAGAUCAUCCCGCAAGUCACCAGUGUCAGCAUCACCAUCUCCCUCGCCGAAGUACUGAAGGUGCAAAAACGCAUAAAAGACACCUUGGGCGUGACUGUGCCUCUAUCGACUUUCCUCGCCCGUGCCGUUGACCUCGCCAACGAUGACUUGCCUCAACCCACGAAUGCGAAGCCGUCGGCAGAUGACCUCUUCAACGCCGUCCUCGGAUUGGACACGAUACCCACCACGUCUCGAGGGACAUAUCUCCCACAGAUCGACGCAUUUCCCGUUCUUCCGCCCAGGACAUCCCAGUCCACGUCACUCUCACGCUCCCCUCGCGUUUCCACCUCUACGGCAAAGAAGAUUGACAUCAUCGAUAUCCUAUCCGGCAAAGUCACGCCCAAGAGAGCGGCCCCUUUCUCCACGGCUUCGGCGUCGAUACCAGGCCGUACCCUAAGCACGGCAGAAGGUGCCUUGAAUGUGUUCAGCCUGACGGUGCCCGUGGGCGAAGAGCGGCGGGCACGCACGUUUCUGGAAAGAGUCAAGACAAUCCUGCAAGUCGAGCCAGGCAAAUUGGUGUUGUGA